CAACACCAGCAAAAAUUCACAACUGCUCGUUAAGCCAGCGAGGUAUGUCUACAGGGAUACUUCAGGAAUAACUUAUGUCUGAUCUUCGCCAUCCGCGGUCUGGAACACCUUGGACCCUUUUCAUAUACACCGGAGAUAACUAAAGUUGAGCUGUUAAGGUUUACAGUGAUAGGAGAACUGCAUACCGGUCUAUAUUGGGGCAUAGCGUGUGCAAUAGGAGUCAUUCCACAUACACAUUACAACGGCUGCUGGUCAAACUUUGAACUACGUCAUGGAUUUAAAUUCAGAUAAGACGACGACACCCUCGGGUUCCCAACAUGAUCUCGCCAACAACAGUGUCAAACCGCAGUCGGGAUUUGCUGAUCACAGAGGUGGUUUCGACAACCAGGGGGCAAAUCUAAAUGACAGUCACACCACGACAUCAGGGGGGAGUGUGAGUAACGACGAACCCGGUCACAAUUCAACGAUGCCAGCGAUUGAGAUGAAAGUUACGGCUCGUGAAAAGGACGUGGUGUUGGAGUUAGAUACAGCCAUCAAGGAGGUUGAGGUAGCGUUUGAGGCCGAUGAUGGAGGCACCGGGGACGGACGGGAGACUUGGGGCGGGAAGGUGGACUUCUUGCUCUCGGUAAUCGGCUUUGCUGUGGAUCUAGCUAACGUCUGGAGGUUCCCAUACCUAGUCUACCGAAACGGUGGAGGGGCUUUCUUAAUUCCAUACGUCAUCUUCUUGAUAUUUGGCGGUCUUCCUAUGCUCUACAUGGAGCUUGCGAUGGGCCAGUAUUUCCGGCAAGGGGCAAUCAGUGUGUGGGAUAUAUGCCCAUUAUUUCAAGGUCUCGGAUGGGCUGUCGUGCUCAUAGCCUGGUAUGUUGCUUUCUACUACAACGUCAUCAUAGCCUGGUCUUUGUACUACCUCAUCUCGUCAUUCACGUCUUCCUUACCGUGGAAGGAUUGUCAGAACGAAUGGAACACACCGGUCUGCUACGACGGGUCUUUCAAUGAGUCUUGGGUCUCGGUGGACGACAAGGCCUUUCUAGUUAACUCGACCACAGGGAGCUCGCCUGCCCAGGAAUUCUACGAACGGAAUGUCCUUGAGAUGCACCUGAGCGAGGGACUUCAUGAUCUAGUGGGACUAAAAUGGCAGUUGGUGCUCUGCCUGAUGGCUGUCAUGGUCGUGGUCUAUUUCUCCCUCUGGAAGGGGGUCAAGUCAUCAGGAAAGGUUGUAUGGGUGACUGCAACUCUUCCAUACAUAGUCCUGACUAUCUUACUGAUACACGGCUGUACUCUCCCGGGCUCGCUGAAGGGCAUCGAGUACUACCUGCGUCCAGACUUCAGUCGACUCUUAGCCGCCCAGGUUUGGAUUGAUGCAGCCAUCCAGAUUUUCUACUCCAUUGGGGCAGGGUUUGGUGUCCACCUGGCCUACGCUAGCUAUAACAAAUUCCACAACAAUAUAUACAGAGAUGUACUCUUCACGAGUGCCGUCAACUGCGUGACCAGUUUCUUUGCUGGCUUUGUUGUGUUUGCUGUAUUGGGCUACAUAUCUAUGAGAACUGGCAAGGAUAUACAAGACGUAGCGACCGAGGGUCCUGGGCUGGUAUUUGUUGUCUACCCUGAAGCUAUAGCCACCAUGCAAGGAUCGACAUUUUGGUCCAUUAUCUUCUAUCUCAUGUUGAUUACGUUGGGCCUCGAUAGCUCAUUCGGUGGUCUCGAAGCGGUCAUUUCGGGCAUAACGGAUAAGUUUCCCAGGCAAUUCAGGCAUCGCCGGGAACUUCUGACCCUCCUUGUGGUACUCAGUGUGUUUUUAUUCGCAUUGUUCAACGUCACCUACGGAGGUAUCUACAUGUUUGUGUUGCAGGAAAGAUUCGCUGCCGGUGCAUCAUUGCUCUUUGUAGUCAUGUUGGAAGCGAUUGGGAUAUCAUGGUUAUAUGGAAUCGACAAUUUUAAGGACAAUAUCAGAGAAAUGCUUGGAUUCACGCCAGGGAUAUGGUGGCGACUCUGCUGGAAGACAUUCGGCCCUCUGUUCUUAGUGUUUAUAUUCGUCGUCAGUUUGGCGCUUAGUGAACCUUUGACUUAUGGCGACUAUCUGUACCCGGCUUGGGGCCAGGCACUAGGGUGGCUUCUGUCACUUUCGUCAAUGAUAGUGGUGCCUGCCUUUGCUGUAUAUAACGUAGCCACAUUUGAAGGGGACAGCUGGAAAAUGAAACUUGCGUUUCUCAUCACCCCUAUUAAGGACCAUGACGAUGUACGAAAAGGAAAAAUUGUCAGAUUCGAGAGAAAACACUGGCUCUCAAUAUGAAAACAUGAAACAAUCCUUUAGCAACCCUCUUUGAUCGUGUUCCCGGUAACAUGCAACUAUAAAAUCAAAUCUCAUCCGACAAUGGGUAGACUUCAUCUCCAUCAGUCCUUGGUUGGUCGUAUCGACUCGAAUGAGAACGAAAGAUGACUGCCCAGUUUGUAAAACAGUCGAGCAAACACUUUCAGCAUCAUCAGACUAAUGAGAGCGGGUAAUGUUGGUCAACAGAAUGUUUCCCCGUUCGAAACUGAUGACAUUGUAUCGAAAAGAAAUUGACAACAAUGGACACCGAAAAGAUGAAUCCCCCGUUGAAGUUAUUGAGGUUUCAGGACAAAGGUGGGCGAGGAUGCGCUCUGUGUUGCUAUAACAACGGACCACCAAAAUGAACAUGAAUCAAGUCUCUACACGGUAGAGGUUUUGUGACUAAGGGGCAAUAAUGUGCUUUUUAAUGCCAUAACAACGGACCACAGAACGAGAAUUAGCCUCUGUUGACGCGUUGUAAACUUGUAAUACCCCAUUCAAACCAAGGACUUGUAGCAAACGGGGAAAGAUGCGCUCUUGUUAAAGGCAGUGGACACUAUUGGUAAUUACUCAAAAUAAUUAUUAGAAAUAAUAAUUGUAUUCUACUUUUA